UAAUACUUCGAGCACAUUACAAACUGUAAAUAAUAGGGAAUUAUGGGUAAUGGGAGAAAAGUGAUGAAAAUCUAAUUUCCUGCCUAUUUAUUCGUUCUAAAUGAUUAGGCUAAAUUUUUUGUAGCCGACAAGAAGAGAAAAUGAGAGAGAGCGAGCUGUAGAGAACGCGGAGAAAGAGCAAAAGUUUAAUAAUUUUUAUUACAGAUGCAAAUUCUAUCAUUUAGAAAAAAAUCGUUUAAAACAAGAAUCGAAAGAAAGGUGAUAGGCUUAAAAGAAAUUAAAAAAGUGCAACAGCCUGUGUUUUACGGUUGUAUAUAUUAUAACUGCUGACGGGGUUUACCCAACACUUAUAAGACUAUUUCCAAAGUCUGAAUAAGAGUUUAAACAAAACUUUUCAUAUCUUCCCUCAUUAUUUAAUUUUCCUUCUUUUGUUCGUCUAAUUGAAAAGUAUCAAUUAUGAGAGAGAUUGUGCAUAUUCAAGCAGGACAAUGUGGAAAUCAAAUCGGUUCAAAGUUUUGGGAGGUUAUAUCGGAUGAACAUGGAAUUGAUCCAUCGGGCACCUAUAGUGGCGAAAGCGACGUUCAAUUAGAAAGAGUAAACGUCUAUUAUAGCGAGGGAACCGGUGGCAAAUACGUUCCACGCGCUGUUCUAGUUGAUCUCGAACCAGGGACAAUGGAUUCAGUGAGAUCUGGGCCAUUUGGAGAAAUAUUCCGCCCAGAUAAUUUUGUGUUUGGUCAAAGUGGGGCUGGUAAUAACUGGGCAAAGGGCCAUUAUACAGAGGGUGCGGAAUUAAUUGAUGCUGUACUAGACGUGGUCAGAAAGGAGGCCGAAUGUUGCGAUUGCCUUCAAGGAUUUCAACUAUGUCAUUCAUUGGGCGGGGGAACUGGUUCUGGAAUGGGUACACUUCUCAUUUCAAAAAUUAGGGAAGAAUAUCCCGAUAGAAUAAUGAAUACUUUUUCUGUUGUUCCAUCACCCAAGGUGUCUGAUACUGUGGUCGAACCGUAUAAUGCAACAUUAUCUGUUCAUCAACUAGUAGAAAACACCGAUGAGACUUAUUGCAUAGACAAUGAAGCCCUUUACGAUAUUUGCUUUAGAACCCUUAAAUUAACCACGCCUACAUACGGUGAUUUAAAUCACCUUGUUUCCGCAACAAUGUCAGGAGUAACGACGUGUUUAAGAUUUCCAGGCCAGUUGAAUGCUGACCUUAGAAAGUUGGCUGUUAAUAUGGUACCAUUUCCUCGGUUGCAUUUCUUCAUGCCAGGCUUUGCCCCUUUAACUUCUCGUGGCAGUCAAAUGUAUAGAGCAUUGACGGUUCCCGAACUUACACAACAAAUGUUCGACGCUAAAAAUAUGAUGGCCGCAUGCGAUCCACGUCACGGACGAUACUUAACUAUUGCCGCCAUGUUCCGAGGAAGAAUGUCGAUGAAAGAAGUUGAUGAACAGAUGUUGAACAUGCAAAACAAGAAUAGCACAUAUUUUGUCGAAUGGAUUCCAAAUAAUGUAAAAACAGCGGUAUGCGAUAUCCCACCUAGAGGUUUAAAGAUGUCAGCAACAUUCGUAGGAAAUAGCACAGCUAUCCAACAACUGUUUAAAAGAAUUUCUGAGCAAUUUACAGCUAUGUUCAGAAGGAAAGCUUUCCUCCAUUGGUAUACUGGAGAAGGUAUGGACGAAAUGGAAUUUACGGAAGCCGAGUCCAAUAUGAAUGAUUUAGUAUCUGAAUAUCAACAAUACCAAGAAGCGUCGGCGGAAGAAACAGAAUAUGACGAAGAAGAUGAAGAUGAAGAGGAUAUAAAACAGGAAGGUUAAAUCCAACAAUAAAAACAAUAAUUCUCUCUCUUUCCUAGAUUCAUGAAGUUUAUUAAUAUCUCUGUACUUUUUUUUAACGGGAAAGGUAGUUUUAGCAUUAUAGAGGUUGCGUAAUCUUACCAGGUGUUUGUUUAGUCAACGCUUUAUAAAAAAGAAAGAUAAAAAAAAUGAAAUAUACACCUAAAGUAUAGCGUUCAUUUAGCUCUUUUUCUUUUCUUUCACUCCCUUUUUAUUCCUCUCUCUCUCUCUCUCUCUCUCUUUUCUACAAUUCUUUUAAUACACGUACAAUAAUAUUUAAACUAUACACACAAAAAAUUGAAAGAAUAAACAUAAAAGAAAGGAAGUUAAUUAUUACCUUUAUUCUCUUUCUUCUCUUUUCUUAAAAG